UUUCCACAAAAGGAUAAACCUCAAGGAAAACAAGAGCCAUAAGAAAAAAAUGGCAGCUUGUAGUUGCUGGUCACAAAUUCCGUAUCCGUUACCAACUUCCAGCAGCAAAUUUAUCUUGGAUCAACCGUAUCUAUCAAUGCUGGAUAAGCACUGCACCUCCAUGAAAGACCUGAGAAAGAUCCAUGCCCAUCUCAUCAAAACUGGCCUUGCCAAAGACCCUAUCGUUGCUAGCCGUGUCUUGGCCCUUUGCACCUCUUCAGCUGGUGACAUCAAUUACGCAUACUUACUCUUCUCAAAAAUAGAAAAGCCAAAUCUCUUUAUUUGGAAUUCUAUGAUUAGAGGCUUCUCUCAGAGUUCAACUCCAGAGUAUGCUGUGUAUCUUUUCAUUGACAUGUUGGUUACUUCGAGUGUUCAACCACAGAGGUUGACUUAUCCUUCAGUUUUCAAGGCAUAUUCUCAACUGGGUUUAGCCCAUGAUGGAGCUCAACUUCACGGUAGAGUUGUAAAACAGGGUCUUGAAUUUGAUCAGUUUAUUCGUAACACUAUUAUUUAUAUGUAUGCCAAUUGUGGAUUUUUAAGUGAAGCAAGGAGAUUGUUUGAUGAAGAAGUAGAAUUUGAUUUGGUUGCCUGGAAUUCAAUGAUCAUAGGCCUCGCUAAAUGUGGAGAAAUUGACGAGUCUAGAUAUUUGUUUGAUAAAAUGGCGUCAAGAAAUACAGUUUCUUGGAAUUCUAUGAUUAGUGGGUAUGUUAGGAAUGGCAAAUUUAAGAAGGCUUUCGAGCUUUUUCAUGAAAUGCAAGAGCAGAAAAUCAAUCCCUCUGAGUUUACUAUGGUCAGCUUGUUAAAUGCUUGUGCUAAUUUAGGAGCAAUUAAACAAGGUGAAUGGAUUCAUUUAUACUUAAGGAAAAACAAAUUUGAGUUGAAUAGCAUAGUUGUUACAGCAAUUAUAGACAUGUAUUGCAAGUGUGGUAGUCCUGAUAGGGCUCUUCAAGUGUUUAAAACUGUCCCUAUGAAAGGACUAUCAUGUUGGAACUCAAUGAUUUUGGGUCUAGCUAUGAAUGGGUAUGCAAGUGAAGCAAUUCAAUUGUUCUCCAAGCUUGAAUCUUCGAACCUUAAACCGGAUUAUGUUAGUUUUAUCGGAAUCCUAACAGCUUGUAGUCACUCGGGUGUGGUCGAUAUAGCAAAGGAUUAUUUCCAUUUAAUGACUGAAACCUACAAGAUUAAACCCUCCAUAAAGCAUUAUAGUUGCAUGGUUGAUGUGCUAGGCAGAGCUGGACUGAUUGAAGAGGCAGAGCAACUUGUAAGAAGCAUGCCUUUAAACCCAGAUGCUAUUUUAUGGGGUUCUUUACUCGCAGCUUCUACAAAGCAUGGAAACAUAGAGGCGGCGAGACGAGCAGCAAAGAGUAUAAUUGAGUUGGAUAAAAAUGAAAGCAGUAGUUAUGUGCUUAUGUCUAAUCUGUAUGCUACAUUCAAUCAGUUUGAGGAAGCAAUGGAGGAGAGGCUCCUGAUGAAGGAAAAUAAAAUAGAGAAAGAACCAGGUUGUAGUUUGAUUGAAGUGGAUGGAGAAGUUCAUGAGUUUGUAGCAGGUGGAAGACUGCAUCCAAAAGCCCCAGAGAUUUACCUUUUACUGAAUCACUUCACUUGGGAUUGCUUCUGGUAGAAACGAUUUAGUUUAUGUAAAUGUGAAUUUCAAAGAUAAAUGUUAAAAUCAUUACAAAC